UGACAUUUGAGUAGGGAGCAAGUGGCAUUACAGUUAAAGACCUUUCCACUGUAACCACUUAGCCUUGAUGAUGCUAAAAAGAACCUGCCACAGAAACACAACAAAAGAAGUAGCUGGACUCUCUCUCUCUCUCGAUCGAUCGAAACAGAAAAGUAAACUUUGAAGCGAGCAAUCACGAGCUACCCCUGAAAUCUCUGCCUUUGAAUUCGUCUUUUCAACUGCUGAAUGACCUAAUCCUCCUUAUCCUAUCACAAACAAAACAACAAAAAAAUCUCUCUCUCUCUCUCUCUCUCUCUCUCUUCGUCUGCAAAAUCUUCACUUUCUUGCUGCAUUUUCUCUUCCUUUUGAACCUCCAUUUUCUUCUUCCAACCAUGAAAUGAAAUUAUUACUUCUCUCUCGAACCACUUUGCUUCAUCACAAGAGUUCUUCCUCCACUCGGUUAGUCAAGCUUUGAUACACAACAACAAAUAGCUUAUCUUUUUCAUGGAAAAUAGUCUCUUGGUUCUUCUAUCUCUGUGUUUUUUCUCCGAAAAUUUCAAAGCUUUUUUGCCGAUAACAUGUUCUUAAUGAAAACCCACGUAUGUAAUCCACUUUUCCUCAACACCCAUGUUUCGGAAUCAGUUCAUGCACUUCAUGAAAUCAAUUCACACAUUCAGAAGGAAAAUACAUUUUGAUUGUUUGUUUUGACAGAAAUAAAAAGUAUCUCCCCAUAUUUCAUAUACUACCAGCCAAUUUUUCUUAACACCAAUGGCGACGUCAUGUUUCCAUAAGCUCCGUCUGCGAAAGUUGAAGAGCAAACCUUUGCCAAACCCUUCCUCGUCAAAGAAAUCCCAGUUCAAUUCCGAAAUGAACAGCAUGGAAAGGAAGAGGUUUGACAGCUUGGAUUCAUGGUCUAUGAUACUGGAGUCAGAAAAUGUGGAAACUUGGGAAGUUUCAAAGGAGGACCAGGAGGAGUGGACUGCUGAUCUUUCUCAGCUGUUUAUUGGUAACAAGUUUGCGUCUGGUGCGCACAGUAGGAUUUAUCGUGGAAUCUACAAGCAGAGAGCUGUUGCUGUGAAAAUGGUGAGGAUUCCAAACCAGAGGGAGGAGACCAGAAGCUUACUUGAGCAGCAAUUCAAGUCCGAAGUUGCCCUGCUUUCCCGCCUCUUUCAUCCCAACAUAGUGCAGUUUAUUGCAGCUUGUAAAAAGCCUCCUGUGUACUGUAUAAUCACAGAAUAUAUGUCACAAGGAACAUUGAGGAUGUAUCUCAACAAGAAGGAGCCAUAUUCUCUGUCCACAGAAACAAUUCUGAGGUUAGCUCUUGACAUAUCCCGCGGAAUGGAGUAUCUUCAUUCACAAGGGGUGAUCCACAGGGACCUCAAAUCAAAUAACUUGCUUCUGAAUGAUGAUAUGAGGGUUAAGGUGGCGGAUUUUGGUACAUCGUGUCUUGAAACGCAGUGCCGGGAAGCCAAGGGAAACAAGGGGACUUAUCGUUGGAUGGCACCGGAGAUGAUCAAGGAGAAACCUUGUUCUCGGAAGGUUGAUGUUUACAGUUUCGGGAUUGUGCUAUGGGAGCUGACAACAGCUUUGCUUCCCUUCCAAGGAAUGACCCCUGUGCAGGCUGCAUUUGCUGUGGCUGAGAAGAAUGAACGGCCUCCAAUGCCGGCUAGUUGUCAACCGGCACUGGCACACCUGAUCAAGCGCUGCUGGGCGGAAAACCCUGCGAAGCGGCCAGAUUUCAGCAAUAUUGUGUCUACUUUGGAGAAGUAUGAUGAGUGUGUGAAGGAGGGUCUUCCUCUCACGCACCACUCCGGAUUGGUAAGCAGAAAUGUAAUUCUUGAACGUUUGAAAGGCUGUGUAUCCUUGAGCUCCUCCGUAACUGUACAGGCCUGACUCCAUUAGAAGGUAUUAAUGCAGUUAUUAUUAUUAUUUUCAUGAUAAAGAUAUGUUUUGUUGUUAAUUAGUAAACUAAUUAGUUCAUUAUAAUUUGUACAUGAUGUUCUUUUAAUUAUCUAAAGUAACUUUGUAUGUGA